AAUACUGUAACUGCAAAGACGAAAAAGAACUUUCCGAAUUAUUCACUCGCUAUUUUAACACCCGUGUUAACCACCACACGAAGGAAAAAUAACUCUAUCAAGCCACUCGAGUACGUCUUCAGUUGGUGUCAAGAGGAAUUUGAAUUAACUAACGGAUUAAUCGACGAAGAACUGGAAGAAACAGAAGAAAACGAAGAUUACCAACCCAAUAUCACCUUUAUCGAAUCAAAAAAGUCUCUAGAAUCCCAAGAAGAAAAAAUGAAAAACGUCCUAUCGGAUUCAUCCGACGACCAAGAAUCGGGAAACAUAAUAGUAUCUGAUUGUAAUACAAAAGGACCCUUUCAAUUAUUUAUUAGUCCUCCAAGCAUUACUGAAAGUCAAGCCGCUGAACUAUCUGCCGAAGAACGAGACUAUCAAGAAAGAAAAGAGAAAAUUAAAGAAGGACUGAAUAGGGAAUUCAGGGAACGGAGUACAUUAGUCACACAAUUGACAACCAUUUCCGAACCCCCAUUAAGUCCAAAACAAUCCAGGAAGAUUAAGAUGUCCACUACACUAGAAAAAAUUCAAGAUACCGAAACUUCCGAAGAGAAAAAUAAAGCCACAAGUUCUGGAACGAAGACUAGGAAACCCACUAAAAAUAUUAAAGAGAAAGAAACGAUCAAGUCGUUACUCAAGGAAACACAUAUCAGAAUCAAUGAAGAACCUGACGACUCCGAUCCAGACA